AUGCAACCAACCUUACCAGCCAUGCGGAUCGACAGAGUAUAUUUGAACCAUCAUCGGAAAAGAACAGGCAAAGGGCUCAUAUCAAUAGAUCACCACUAUAUGAAAAACAUACUGUCCCUAAUUGGCGUUCUGAUUUCAAUAUUUCUAAUUGCACCUCAUUCACACAUCAAUGCUCAAAAAGGAGUUUUUUCGAAUACAACAUGCAGUAGUCCACAGUAUUUUGAUUCUUCCUCAAUGCUGUGCAAAUCAUGUGGAGUUGCAAACCAAAUAUCCUCUGACAAUCAAUAUUGUUACUGCUCGGAAGGAUAUAUCCAAGUCAUUACUUCGGGUGUUGUUUCGUGUCAAAAGUGUCCAUUCGCGUCUUCUCGUGAUAGAUCAACAUGCAUGACGUGUGGGCCCACAACUGCAGGAUUCAAUCAAACAGACUGUGUAUGCUCAGGAUCAAAAAAACUGAUAGAGAGAGACAAUUUCGGAAACUUGCUUGCCACAAAACAAUGUAUCAGUUGUGGACCUAACUCGAUACCUGAUCCAACAAAUCCAUAUUCUUGUAAAUCAUGUCCAGAUCCGAAUAUGAUCGCUAGUUCAGAUGGUCUUUCUUGUGUUUGUUCAUCCCUAUAUCAAUUGUGGUCAGAUAAAUGUGUUCUGAAAGACACUUAUUUGGAUCUAAGCAGCAAAUAUCCUAUUGAUUCAGCUGCAUCUGUGGUUUUUUCUCAAGUGUUUGAGACUUCUAGGACUGAAAGCCCGUCUACUGAAACAGUUCGAUCUAAAUUAUUUUAUGACAAUUUUUACUUCGUUUCCGCUAAUUGCAAAUCUUUCAACAACGUUACGUCGUGUCAAAUGUUAGCAAACUUAUGUGCGCUGUUACUUUUUGACGAGACAACUUCUGCAUGCAAAAUGUACUUCUCUUUAUACAAUUCAUUGACAGAUGACGGAGUAAAUGGCUUCUCAGGAUGGAAAAGCGGAAUGCCUUGGCUUGUUUACAGAGGAAAAUCUACAGAUAUUUUAUAUAACAAUGAUUUAUCUCAAUUGGUUGGGCUAAGUGGAAGAACGGAUAGAACAACAAGACUUAAACUCCUUCUUUCGAAAUAUUCUGUCUAUGGAAAUUGGUUAGGAUUUGAGGACUUAACGAAUCAAUUACAGCUUUGCCCAACUGGAAACUAUAUUGGGUCUGCUUUUUUAGAUUUUGGCAAUAACUACAUCAAUUCAUGUUUCUUUAAUGCUCUCUCCAUUCCUACACUUCAAGCCACUGUAUUUUAUGAACUAUUUAUUCUUGACAAUGGAAAAUUAUAUCCAAUACCUGUUCAGAUUUUAAAAGACGACAAGACAACCGCAAACGAUAUUUCCACAGCAACUCUUUAUAGAAGAUUUUUCAUUUACGACAAUGUUGCAGGUAUUACUACUGAAUCUUCUUCUCCAAGUGUUGUCAGAUUUUUAGAGAGUGCUGAGCUAAGAGUGGAAAUGAACACACAAGCUUCAGAAAAGAUAUUUCCUCCAAGGCUCACCUUAAAAUAUACAUCCAGAAAGAUUGCUGGUUUGAAAACUACAGUGUUCACAACUGCACAACAAGAGUCCAUACUGACACCCUCGAUAUAUUUUUCAGCUUCAUACAUUCAAUCUCAGCAGACAGUAUGGAUUGUGGUAAUAGUAUUCCUAGUUCUUAUUUUAGUAUUGAGCUUGAUAACCUCUUGUAUGUCAACAUAUAGAUACUCAAGAAGAAGAUUGUCACAGAUUGAUUUUCCCACUUUGGGAAAGCUUAUUUUUGCCUUUUGUGAACAUUCCUCAAAUGGAGUUUUUGUGUUGAUAUUUUUCUACAUAUCCCUCUAUUACUUAUUCUUCAAAUUACAAUCAAGCGUAUUUGCAUUAUUACCAAAUUUUAAUGAUUCAGACAAAUGGUAUUUCUUCCUCAUAAUUUUAUACGCUCUUGUUGCAAAGGCUAUCGACCUUUCAUAUGUGUUCUACAAACACUGCAAUUAUGAUAUUUUUUUUAUGGAUUGGGAAAAGACUAAAGGAAAGGUCGUUGGGGUUGGAGGAAGAGCUGAGGGUUCAUAUUCUAGUGUCAGUAUUUGGAGAAGCUAUUUCAUUGCUAAAGAAUGGGAGAAACUUCAAGGAACGACUUGGACCAGCCUUGAGUUCACUCUUUUAACAGUGCUGUUAAUUUUGGAUGGUGGAGGAGUUAUUAAUCUAGCAUCAUAUACAGCAGAUGAAAAUGCAUUAAGUGGAGUAUUUAGAUAUCACCCAAUUCUUAAAAUUGCAUUGCUAUCAUGGUUUUAUUUGAGUAUCUCCUUGUUGCAGUACAUAUUCUUCAGAUUCAUAAUUUAUAGAUUUACCAGAAAUCCCAUUACAUCAUUAAUUGAUACAUGUUCGAUUGCUAAUAUCAGCAUUCUCAUUUUAGAUGAACUACAUUAUGGAUGUUACAUUCAUGGUGAGAGUGUUUUCAGGUUUGCAGAUGCUAACAUGAAAGAAUUUUACGAAGGCCUCAACCAGGAAAGUAAUGACUUUUUCCCCAAGAGAGGUUUAAUUCAGUCCGCCACAGAUAAUAACUCUGUUGUUACUUUUGAUCUUUAUGUGUCGAAAAUGGUUCGAGAAAACUACGACAAGCUAUUAUUGAUUCCCAUCCAAGAGGAGGAAGCAAAGAAUGGAUUUUUUAGAAGAAUGGCAACUAACCAAGCACAGCCCAAGAUCAUUAAUCCUUCAAGACCAGUAACAGCCUUGACAGUACAACCGAAUAUAUUACAACAAAAUCCAAUCAGUAAUGCUGCAGAUAACCAAAACACUCAACAAGCUCUUGUUGAGCAGCCUAUUCAACAGACCAUGAAAGAACGAAGCCAGAUGAACAAUCCUGCCCUUACUUCUCCAAUGAGCAACGAGUUCAGAAUUAGCGAUCUUUUCAAUUUUAAUAUUGGACCAAAGCAUAGAUACAUUCCUGCUGCUUUCAUUGAUGGAUAUAAUACCAUCAAUGAAUAUCUCAAGAGAGUCAUCACUGACGUCAAAAUCAAGCAGGGCCAAAUUCUUGACAAACAAAUUUCGUACAGACUCGGUUUCAUUCCUGAUUUUAUAUACUUGCAUGAUCGAGAAUUUUUCUUUAAGGAUGACAGCCAACAAUAUUUUCAAACCUAUUCAUUCUUUAGACUGAUGUUGAGAGGAUGUGAAUGGAAGAUGAUUGCAUUUAACAUUUUACUUUAUGCUAUCAUGUCCAUCUUUUGGGAUUCUACUUUUGGAGCUUUAAUGAUUGUGUAUGCAACCAAUCGUGUCUUUUUAUGGCUGAGAACAACAUUUGUUAGAAGGAACUUGAUCAGCAAGACUCUCCUCGAUCGAAGAUUUUUGUUUUAA